AAGAAACGUGAUAGUGUAACAGAAAAAGAGAGCUCUCGGAAAGUUUUGGUGAGAGAGAGAUCUGUUAACCUGGGCGGGUAUGUUCAUUACCGCGAAGGCAUAAAGCUAUAGUUGAAUUGACUCCAAGCCCCUCCAGAUUCUCCAAUCAACUCAACCCAAUCUUCGUAGUAGUGUUCAACAGAUAUGGAUCUGAGCCAGCCACAGGGAGAAAACUAUGCCAACCCAAAGACGUGUUUCUUUCAUGUUCUUUUCAAGGCUGCAGCAUUGGCGUUUUACAUACUCUCAGCCCUGUUCUUUGAUAACUUUGUUAUCAUUUUCGUUGUGACUGUUCUUCUCGCUGCUUUUGAUUUCUGGGUGGUGAAGAAUGUGAGUGGACGCAUUUUAGUUGGUUUGAGGUGGUGGAAUGAAAUAAAUGAUCUUGGGGAGAGUGUGUGGAAAUUUGAGUGCCUUGACCAAGAGUCAUUGGCCAGGAUGAACAAAAAGGAUUCAUGGCUAUUCUGGUGGACACUUUAUCUCACGGCUGGCUUGUGGAUUGUGCUAGGAAUAUUUUCUCUGAUUCGGUUUCAAGCUGAUUAUCUGCUCGUUAUUGGAGUUUGUUUGACUCUCAGCAUUGCAAAUAUAGUUGGAUUCACCAAAUGCCGUAAAGAUGCAAAAAAGCAAAUCCAGCAAUUUGCCUCCCAAACCAUUGCAUCCCGGAUGUCAUCCACGAUCCAAUCAGCAUUCAGUGUCGUCUGAAUCAUUCUUGCAGGAAAUUUGAAAUAGUUUGGAUAAAGAAAACUUUUGUAAGAGCGUGUACAUGAUCACCAUAUUGUCCAGCAUUUGUCUGGCUUCUUGUUGAGCUUUGGUAGGGUUACAAAGAAAGUUUUUGUAUGGACUCGUUCGAUUAAUACUGGUAUGUAUGAUAAACGCAGUGAUAUGCAAAGUACAUGAACUUAAGUGUAAUUUGUCCACUUCAAACAUCGCUCGUCUGAUAGACUA